CUCUGUGACGAUGUAGUAGUUCCUGUAAAAUGGCGGCCCGCUGAGAGAGGGCAACAUUUGAUGUUUAUAGGGUAAAUGAUGGAGCCGUAGCUUUGAGUUUUGAGUGUAAAAUGCUUGUAGCCGUGUUCUCGAGGUGGCCCGUCUGUCAGGCGGCAGUGAGAGCAGCGGUCCGGAGCAGCAGAUACUACGGGAAGCUACAGCCGUCAGCCAGUCAGGCCGAGCGAUUGAGGAUAUUUGAGUCUCUGCGUGACCGGCAAGUGCAGGUGACUGGGGAUACAUCAGGACAAAAUCUGACCAUCCGAUUGGCUGAUGGCAGAACACUGAAUGGUUCCGCUGGUGUGACCGCACCGUUACAGAUCGCCCAGAAUGAACGUUUUAAAGGUGCAGUGGUGAGCAGAGUAAAUGGGGAUUUAUGGGAUCUAUGUCGCCCUCUUGUGGAGGACUGUGAACUGCAGCUGCUGGGUUUUGAUUCAGUGGAGGGGAAACAGGUGGUGUGGCGCACAGGAGCGUGUGUGUUAGGGAGUGUGAUGGAGAAUCACUUCAGUGCUCUUGUGUGUCGAGAGGGAGUGUCUGACAUGGGCCUGUACUGCGAUUAUCAGCUACAAAACAACGCUCUCUCUCUGUUGGAGGUGGAGCAGAGGUGUAAGCAGACGGCUGCUGGGAAGAUGCCCAUCAUCAAGCUUGAGAUCACUGCACAGGAACUGAAAGAGCUCUUCCAGGAUGAUGCUGUCAGACUGCAGCUGGCUGAAGAGCAGAUAAUGGGGGAAACAGUCAGCGUCUACAGGUGUGGAGACAGUGUGGGUGUGUGUUCAGGUGUUCUUCUGCCACACACAGGCUUCCUGAAGGCCUUCAAGAUGCUCCAGGUGUCUCCUGUAACUUUGUCCGGUUCAACAGAGGCUUCAGAUAUCCUCAGGAUGAUUGGAGUUGCUUUUCCAGGAGAAAGAGAACGAGAGGAAUGGGAGAGAGAACAGGAGGAGGCCAGAAAGAGAGACCACAGGAGAAUCGGGAAGGCGCAGGAGUUGUUCUUCUUUCAUGAUGUCAGUCCUGGCAGCUGUUUCUUCAUGCCUAAAGGAGCUCAUAUAUACAAUACGCUCACUGACUUUAUAAAGAGUGAGUACAGGAGGCGGGGCUUCAGUGAGGUUGUGACUCCAACCCUGUACAGCACAUCUCUGUGGGAGCGAUCAGGUCACUGGGAGCAUUACAGUGAGAACAUGUUCACAGUGACAUGUGAGCCGCACACCUUCGCUCUCAAACCUAUGAACUGCCCCGCUCACUGUUUGAUGUACGAGCAGAGGGUGCGUUCUUGGCGUGAGCUUCCCAUCCGCUGGGCAGAUUUUGGAGCGUUGCACCGUAAUGAACACUCGGGGGCGCUGGGGGGUUUAACCAGAGUCCGACGCUUCUGCCAGGACGACGCGCACAUCUUCUGCACCCCAGAACAGCUGGAGGAGGAGAUCACGGCAUGUUUGGACUUUGUGAGGAGCGUAUAUCGCGUCUUCGGUUUCUCCUUUCACUGUCUCCUCUCCACACGACCCACGCCCUGUCUGGGAGAGCCCGCCCUCUGGGACUGUGCUGAACAGCAGUUGGAGAGCAGUCUCAAGCAGUUUGAGGAGCACUGGGAGUUAAACCCCGGAGAUGGGGCGUUUUAUGGACCCAAGAUCGACAUCCAGAUACGGGAUGCCCUGGGCCGACAGCACCAGUGUGCCACGAUUCAGCUGGACUUCCAGCUGCCCAUCAGAUUUAACCUGCAGUAUAUUGGGGCUGAUGGGCAGAUGCACAGGCCGAUCAUGAUACACCGGGCAGUGCUGGGGUCCUUGGAGAGGAUGAUCGCCAUCCUGGCCGAAAACUUUGGAGGGAAAUGGCCUUUCUGGCUGUCUCCAGCACAGGUGAUGGUUGUGCCAGUAGGAGGCGACAGUGAGACAUAUGGCCAAGAGGUGGUCUGCAGACUGAGGGAAGCUGGGUUCAUGGCUGAUAUUGAUGAUGAUCGUGGCAACACCUUAAAUAAGAAAAUCCGCUCUGCGCAGCUUGCACAGUACAAUUAUAUAUUCGUGGUCGGAGAGAAAGAGCGUGAAAGCGGGAGCGUGAGCGUGCGGACGAGAGGAGGGAAGCAGCUCGGGCAGAAACCACUGGAGGAUGUGAUGAGGUCACUGACUGAACUCGGACAGAGACGCAGCGGUCAGGAGGAGCUUUAAAUGUGAGCCAGAGAUACGAGACGCACAUUCAUUUCACCAGUGGAUCUCUGAGCCUGUGAGGAUUAUUUUUUAUUUUAUUUUUUAUUUAGAAUAAGAUAAUAAAUUACUUUUUAUAUUCA